GUUAUAGAUUAAUACAGUCGUCGUGAUGGCUUCACUGGCGUUGCUACAAUGAAACUACAAUAUUCUGAAAAUAUCACAACACAUCAAUAAGGAGAUGACUCACAGCAAAGUUGUAAUAUUUAUAGUUUUUGUUGUAGUGCGUUUCCAGAUGGCAUCACUAGUCUCUCACUCUCUUAAGCACAUCUCCAUUGGAGUCACACCAGGGAUCAGUUUCCCUGAGUACACGCUUGUGGGUUUGAUGGAUGGAGAGCCGUUUGUGUACUAUGACAGUAACAUCAGACAGAUGGUUCCUAAGGCAGAGUGGAUAGAGGAGAACGAGGGUACAGACUACUGGAGCAGAGAGACCCAGAUUCAGAGGGAUUUUCAGGAGAUCUUCAGGACCAGUGUGGCUGUUCUAAUGCGCCGCUAUAACCAGACUACAGGAGUCCACACAUUCCAGUCCGUGAUUGGCUGUGAAUUGGAUGAUGAUGGCACCAAACGAGGCUAUCUACGGCAUGGCUAUGAUGGAGAAGACUUCAUCAGUCUGGAUCUAAAUACCAUCACCUGGACCGCAGCCAAUGCUAAAGCCAUUAUUACCAAGCAGAAGUGGGAGGUAACACCACUACUGGCAAAUUUCUGGAAGAGGUACCUGGACAUCACCUGUAUCGAGUGGAUAAAGAAGUACAUAGGAUAUGGCAGAGCCACCCUGGAGAGAAAAGUUCCUCCUGAGGUGAUCCUGUUCCAGAAGGACUCCACUUCUCCAGUGGUGUGUCAUGCUACAGGUUUCUUCCCCAAAGAAGUGAUGAUCUCCUGGCAGAAGAAUGGAGUGGACCUGCAUGAGAACAUGGAGCUCAGAGAGACAUCACCCAACCAGAAUGGAACCUUCCAGAAGAGAAGCGUUCUGACAGUCUCACCUGAGGAGCUGGACAAGAAUGAGUACACCUGUGUAGUUCAGCACAGUGGACUGGAGAAGGACUUAGUGCUGAGAGUGGCUGAUCGCAGAGUCCUGAACACAGGCGGAGCUUUGGUUGGUGUCAUUGUUGGUAUACUUGUGGCUGUUCUUCUGGUCCUCAUUGGUGUUGGAUUCUUCAUCUGGAGGAAGAGGAAUGAGAAGUCAUCUGACUUCAGACCUGUUGCACGCUCUGAUGGAGAAUCAUCAUCCACCAGCUCAGAUGAAGGCCAACCAGCUAAAUGCUGAGAGGAGAGAGACAGUGGAAGAGAGUGAUGGUAGAAGAAUACAGAGGAGGGGAUGAUCUGAAGAGAUCAGUCAAACAGCACUUACAUUACACACACGUCUGCAGAUAUUGCCUUUCCUUCAGCUCUGUAGUUCUCCAAUCAUAAUCACUCCUGUCACAUGAGGGGAAACUUGGGUUUAAAAGUGCUGAUCAGAUUUUGUUUCUGAAACUGUAUCUGUGUAUAAAGGGAUUAAUGGAGAUUAUUACGAUUGUAUUUGAAUUCUGGUGGUUUGGUCGUUUCUCUCUGAGCACUGCUGUAAUGUUUUAUGUUUCAUACUCAGGACUGUUAUCCUGCUGUGGAGAAAGAAAGAUUCUUAAUAGGGAAACUCUUAGUGAUGGUACAAUGUCAGGCCUUUUAAAUAGUUUCUGGUUUCCAUAGCGUGAAAUUAUUAAACAUGCAGAAUAAAAUUUAAUUAAGUCUUCUAUAUCUUUCUGUAAGUCUUCUGUAACUGUCUCGGGACAGUGAUUUUAUUUUAUUGAAGUUCAGCAGAGCUUUCUACAGCCAUCCUGAAAGUCAGAGUCUCACUUUAAUUUGAUUAGUUUCACUUCAAACCAUUUGGGCAUAUUGGGUUACCAUGGAGACUGAGGAGAAACAGUCUGCACAGUCUGUCAUAGUAAUUCAUGGUCAUUCCCAUAUACAGAACUGGAGCUUCUCAUCAGUAGUAGUGAACAGACCCACAGUUUAUCAAACAUCACUGAUUUAUUUAGCACAGUGCAUCAGACAUCACUGAUUUAUUUAGCUAAAAGCUACAAGGGAAAAAUCUCAACAUGGUGGAGACACUGGACCAAAACCACAUGAUAUAGAACAGCUUCUGUGUUUCAGCAUGGUUAUGUAUGACACACUGUUUUCAUUUAUUAAUAACAUUCAGUUUCUCAGUGCCUUUUUCAUCUUUUGAUGGUAAUGUAUCGCUUUUGAAUUGAAAUUGGGUCAUUCAAAUUUCACUAACAGAUUUUACAAACCUAAAUCAAUUAAUGUAAUGAAGAGCUGUUUCACACUUCCAUGUAGUUUAAUAUGCCUGAUUAUUAA